AUGGAUCAUUACGAUAACAACGCACCGCCUAGCGAACAAUAUGCUACCACUGUCCAGUAUAGCAGCAGCACCAAGCGUCCGGGAUCAACGCGGACGCCCUUGACUGUUAAUAACGCAUCGAUACCGCACCAAGUCCGACGAAAACCGUUACCGACAGGAGUACCAUACGAUGGAGAUGAGUCUAUAUUCGCGGCCUGGAAGAUACUUGUCGCCCACAAGCUGGAAUCCGACGGUAAGUUUAUCGGUACCAACAAGGACCAGUGGAUGUUCGUCUGGCAGAACCUAGCGCCUAAGAUCCAGUCUCGCGUUACAGUAUUCUUCGAAGCUGGGCAAUUGUACCAGUACGAUCCGUUACAGUCCUUGGCCUACCUCGAAUCCGUCUUCGCCGACCCUUAUCGGGCAGAGAUCCAGUCUCGCGUUAUAGUAUUCUUCGAAGCUGGGCAAUUGUACCAGUACGAUCCGUUACAGUCCUUGGCCUACCUCGAAUCCGUCUUCGCCGACCCUUAUCGGGCAGAGAUGGCGCAGACCGAGCUCGAACAACUGGAACAAGCGGGCAAUGAGGCAUUUGCCGCAUUCUACACAGCUACGAAGCGGCAGCAACUACCUAGCGCAGUAUUGCGGUGGAUAUUGAGUUAUACCGCCCGGAGAAAUAUUGCGGUCGCCAUACCCGUGCAACGGCCCCGAUACAACAUGGACGAGGACGGCGACGGGAAUCAACGCAGCAACCGUAGGGCGCCGUCGCCCAGCAACCCAAGGAAUAAGGACCGGCCCAGGGCAGGUAUCGAGCCAACGCGCGACUUGGGUUCCCCAUAG